AUGGUCUUAAGGGUGAAACAACAGGAGAUUAGGUUACUGGAACCAGAUUAUCACACUUGCUUUAGUCAAAGGAAGGAAGCCUGCCCCUCAGGCUAUAGCCACAGUAAGUUUACUGGAACGCACCCAGCGACUGAGCUCUCCUGGCCUCGUGCAGGGCCCUAUAGAAGCUCUCUCUCCAUUGGUUACAGGCCUGCGGGGAAGCACGGGGAAGCCCCGACGGCGCCCCCUGGCAACAGCUGCAAAACCCCGCACCAGCCUCGCGUAAAACUUCCUGCGCCCCGCGGGCAACUGCGCUCUGGAACCAAGCGAGGGAGAGCGUGGAGAUGGUGUCCACGCGGAAAGGAAGCGGGAAAAAAUACCGAAAGAAAGAAAGGCGAGGCGGGGCGAGGCGGGGCGGGGCGGGGCGGGGGGGGGGGGGAGUGUCUAGAGUUUCGAAAACAAAAAGGUGGUAUCCACAGGCUGGAGCUUGGCGAGGAAGCAGGAAGAUGGCACCUGCCAGUCUUUGCCCAAGAAGACACCCUCCCCGGCGGUCUUCCAAGCACAGCCUGCCUCUCAGGUCGGCGCUCCAAGACCAGCAAAGGAGCAUCCCCCUCACACACAGCUGAGUGCCCCCAGGGCGCCUGGCGCUGGGCCUCGAGGCCGGCCACUUACCUUAGAGAUGAAGAAACUGAGUGCUGGAGUAGAGUUACAUUGUCCAAGAUCCAUAGAGCUGACUGUUCUGUGUACUCUUAUAAGACUUAUUAUGAUGUGCCAGCUUUGAUCUCUGAGGAAAAAUACAUGGAAGCCAUGGGGAAUUGCUCCAAGGAGAUCUGUUCCUGGCGAGGAUUACAGAAUCCACUUUUAACAAGCACACCAGCACAUUCAUAGGCCAUCCUCUGCGACCCUCUGAAGCAGGCUCUGUGGCCUCUGUGACUACCCCAUGCUCACAAAGAAACCUCCUCUUCCUGCCUGAGCAUUGCUGUAGGUAGCACAUCCCUGAGGUCCUGGCUUCCAACAGUAAAGCAGGUCACAUAAUAAAGUUCAUACUCUUAGCAUGAAAAUCAAGGUUCUUCCAUAUCUGGCUUCAACCACCUGCCCUAUUGGAUUUUAACCUACAAAGACACAGUGCUGGGAAUGGUACAGCCUUCUUGCCACCAUCAUAAUUGUGCUUGGGACUGCCUGAGAAGUGUCCAGCCUAUGUGCCUGUUAAAAAUAAACU